AUGUCUUUUCUCUCCGCCGUUGGCGUCGCGGCUACACCACUGAGCGGAAAGCGGCCGGGCCUUAUCUCGCGGCGGCUCGACGCGCUCGUCACGAAGUCGAUCAAGAAGCUGCUGACGUGGCAGCCUGUCGAACGCCCUGUGCCUUCCUUGAAUCUGGACGAAGUUGUCUUUGUCGCCGGACGGCACACAGCCGCGUUGUCCGCGUCCUUUCACACGACGCUGGAAGAUGUCCUCAUCCUCUUCUUCCGCUGGUUCGACGACACAAAGACAACGCGCUGGGCCAGGCAAGGCCUCAUUACGAUGGAAUCCCUGAAGCGGCAACACACGCGUUACGGCAGCCAAAUGGCGAAGGACUACACGAAGAAACAAGAGGAGCCUGAGGAAGACGAGGAGAAGAAGAAGCAGAAAGUGCAGCCAGUCAAGGUGUACGCGGGGCUCGGAGCUUGUCAGCGGCGCAACCGCCACUGGAUUUUCGAUGGGAACACUUUUCACCGACGAGGAGGUGAAGCGUUUCACAUCCCCGACGAGCUUACCGAAAACGACGUGAACUUUAUGCGAGGCCUGCCGUUCAGUGUCAUUCGUGUCGCGCAGGGAAUCUUCGCCUCGGAGCCGCCAGCCUCAGUGCACCGCCUCGAGCGCGAGCUCAAGAUCCGUGGUGUCACCACGAUCGAGAAACUCCUGUCGAGAACGAAUUUUUUCGACCUGUUUGUUCUCUUUGACGUCUUCGACGAAACCCUCAGUCAGAUCGACGUCCUGCGCGAAUACCACAAGAACUGGCAAAAAUACAAGAGUGGAAAGUUCUCGCCUCCGCAGAUUCCGCUCGGAGAAUGGAAAGAGAAACGCACGAUGGAAGAACUCCUUCUCGACGACAACUACGCAGAGACGGAUUUUCCAAAGUGCACCACUCUCAAGUGCUUCAUGCAGUGGACGUGGCGGAAGACUCCGGAGAAAACCAUUGAGGUGAGCAAGAAGAACGUCAACGCGCUGAAGCUUCUGCUCGUCGGCAGCGCCGGGCGGGGAACGUCGUACACGCCUCUGAGCGAACGGAAAAAGAUGUCCUUCCUGAAGAAAGCCGGCGACUUCCAGGAUCUCGAACACACCGUCGACGCCUUGAAAGACUGGCACCAACGCGAAAAGGCAGACGCAGUCCUCGGGCUAGGAGACAUGCUCGGCCUCCCUGGGGCAACCACCGUGCGGGAUGAGCGGUUCCAGAAAAGGUGGCAUGACAUCUUCGUCAAGGAUGCUGGCCUGGAUCUUCCGUGGCUAAUGACCCUCGGAGACGCAGACUCCGUACUCAGUCCCUCGUCGCAGGUUCGGUACCACUACUCAGUCCAGCAUAAGAACUGGCAUCUGCCGAACGACUACUACACAGUGAACUUCAAGUUCGGGGCGAACCUGACGCUGGCAAAUGGCAUGUUCGAGGAGACGGCCUUCAACGCCACCGUGCUUGCCAUCAACACCUGGGACUUGUUCGUUGGAAACCCCAUUGCGAACAACAUGGCUUCAUGGACGAACAAGCUCUGGUGGUUGAGCGAGCAGCUGUACAAAGCUACGCAGAAGAACUCCUCAUGGAUCAUCGUGAUGGGGCACCACCCACUGCUCUCGACGGGUCCUGAAGGGGAGCAAGCGCGCCUUCAGAACAUCGACGAUGUGUACAAGAAUCGGCGGUCUCGAGGCCUGGAGUCAUUCUUGAUCAACACACUGUUCAUGCACUACCAGGUUGACGCGUACGUGUCCGGCCACGACCUCUUCAUGGACUUCAACUCCAUCACAGACGUGGACCGAAACGUCACGGUGUCCUUCAUUACCAGCGGAGCGACCGCGCGCCUGUUCCACAAAAACGUCGGCCGAGGAUGGGCGGGGCGUCUGCGGGGGGCGUUGUAUCCACUGCUGUGUUGGGGAGGACGAAAGGUGUUUUUCGGAUUCCAUCCUGGAGGCUGCAAACCCUUGAACAAAGACCAGCAGCAUCCAGAUCAGUUCUUCGUUCAGUCCCAAAGCGGCAAUUACAAGGUGAACAUCGAGGAGCGCGUGACGCAGGCGACCGGAUUUGCAGCGAUGAAACUGACGAAAGACUACAUGCUCCUAGACUUCAUCAACGCGCGCACGAAGAAGUCUGCCGUACACAAAGUGUACCGGCGGACGAACCGCGAAGGCCGAGAGAUCAAAUUUCUGGACCCUUUCGCCGACGGCCGGCUGCGGUAUGAGGAGCUGCUGCUUGACCGCGAGGCGUUCGAGGCGGAGAAUGCCGAGCUGAUCGAGAAGGAAAUUGCCUUUGCGCAAAAGUGUCCCGUGCUGGCCGAGCGGCUGAAGUUCCACGUAACGGAGAUGAAUGAACUUGCCGGAAGGUACAUCGAGUUGACGCAGCAAAAGGAAGUGUACGAAACCAUGACCGACACGAUGCGAGACCUAAUGGCGACUCUUGGGACAAACGUCCAACGGAAGAUCUCGGAAAUUCUCUCUACCAUGUACGUCAUUUCUGCUGACCACGCCCGGUUGGAGAAGCGGUAUAAAGAGAUGCUUGAGUUGAAGGAGAAGAUGCCCGAAAAAGAAGACCCGCGAUUCAAAGACCUUUUUGAACUCGAGAAGCAGUACGUCGAGACGCGGAAGCUGCGCCGGAAAACGUUCGACGCCUUGCAGUCCGACUCCAGCUCGGCAGGUGUCGAAGACGAGAAGAACCUCAGAAAGUACAUUAUGACCAUGAAACUUCUGCGGAAGCAGAUGGAUGACCUGGAGCGUGAGAUGAAGCAAUUCCCUGACCUCGAGACGAAGAAGGCCGCCGCCGCCAAGAAGGCACAGAAGGAGAGCGAGCAAAGAGCAAAGAAGCCCAAGAAGACCCCAGCCAUCAAACCGUUGGAUACCUCGAUUCUGGCGCGCAUUCGUCGCAAGGAGCUUCAACUCCGGCGGCACCACGCAGUUCUCGAGGGGCUGGCGAGGUAUCCCCAGUCCGAACUGAAGAAGAUGCGGGCUGAAAUCAACAUUCUCAAGCGCCAGGAGGCGAGCGUGCGGCAGGAGUUGGCGCGCCUCCACAUGAUUCGCAAGCGCAGCGUGCAGCCGAUGCGGCCUUCGGAUCAGUGGGAGAAGUUCCAAGUGAAAGAAGAACUGGAGACAAAGCUGCGUCAGAUCAACGCGUACAUGCACGAUGUCGAGCUCUUGCCGCCUGCGAAGCGCCAUUCCCAGAGCGUCCAAGACGAGUUCGAGGCCAUCGAAACGCAGCGGGCCGCGCUGGAGAAAGAGUUGACAGACGUCGUGGACGAGCUAGCGGACCGUAAAAUGACGCCCCUCCAAAGCGAGUUCUUGGCCAAAAGCGCAGAACUCAAGAGAAACGAACUGGUGCUCGAGCAACGGAAACUGCUGUCGCCAGAGGAGCUGGCGGUGCCCCAGAUCCAGAAAGCGUUGCAAGCGGCAGCCGACAAGCAACUGACUCUCCACAUGGAGGUGGAAGCGCUACAGGACAAGGUGCGGCAGGAGUUGAACGCCAUUGAGGACGCGUGGGAGCAGGAAAUGAGUGCAAAGGGCUACAACGUCCACGACCUCAGCGAAGACGUCGUUGUCGGGCCUGAGGUCGAGCAGCUUUCGGAAAGCGAGGCGCAAAUGGUUAUCGACUCCGGCAAGGUCGACAGCGCAGCCAAUGCAGCGAACGAGCUCGACCGGGCAGAGGAAACUCUGGCUGCGGUCGAGGAGGCCUUGCAAACCGCGGACACAGUCACUGGUGACGAGAAGGAACAGCUAGAGGCGAUGCUGGGGCCCGUCGAGGACCUCCCCGCGAAGGAGGAACGCAUGCGAGAGCGGGUUGCGGCUCUUCGAAAACGACUGGAACGAGAGACGAAUAUGUUGGAGAACCUGGUUCCGACAGAAGUGCCUGAAGAGGGGAAGAAGCAGGAGGGAGUGGAGGAGUCCCCCGGGGCGGACGUGGAAGAAGCCGAGGCCUCGAAAACAGAGACGAAGAAGGAAGAGGACGAACUGUCGAGCCCAGCCGGAGACUCUAAACCUCUGGAGACAGAUGACGCGGAAGACAGAGCACGCGUUGCUGACGGCGGCAUUGCGGGGAAUUCCGCAGCACAGACGCCGGACGCAGAUGAGGAACUGAGUCCUGGGGCGACCUCUCCGCGGCGGCUUGCAUCCGUUCUCGAGUUGUUCAAGACCAAACGAGACCCCUCGCCGUUUAAGAAGAUAGAAAAGGUCGACGUUGGCCCGACCGAUGCCUGCAUGCAGGUGCCGAUGCUCGAGGCGACAGUUCAGCGCAGACUGAAACCGCAGAGCGAAGAAGAGGUGAAGGAAAAGUGCGUGCACCGUCUGGCCAACCAGGCGUAUCGGCAGCAGCUGCGGUACAUACACAACGGCAUGUUCUUCUCGCAAGGCCCUCAAGGGCUCACGCCAACCCUCUACGAUGAUCCCUCGGUUCAUGUGGCUCGGGCGUGGAGCGAGUUCUUUGGAUACACGCACUCGUCGCGUUUCAAGAGUAUCAUGAAAGACAUACGGCACGGACUUCAGUUCGUGCACGAGACGUAUAAGACCUAUUCGUUUGCGGAGGCGAUGCAGAUGGAACUUCUCGAGGCAAUACGGCGAAGAGAGGAAGAGCUCGAGCUUCCUCUGGAUCAGGAUAUUGAAGUGAGGGACAAUGACGUCGAUAUGGACGUACUGGCUGAGCGCGAAGCUCCCAAGACGCCAGAGGAAGACAAAAGCCCAAAAGAAGAAAAGGAGGAACAGUCAGAAGAGGCGGAGCCUGGUGAAGAAGAGCCCGGCACAGAUAUCCCAAUCGAUGAAAUCGACACCAGCUACGAAGACUGA